CCCACCGCCGCCGUCGCCCUAGCAGCAGCAGUGAAGGCGUCGCCGGUCCGGGAAGAUGACGGCGGAGGGCAAGGGCAAGGGGAAGGUGCUGGACAUCCUCGCGGGCUCCGACGACGACUCGGACGCCCCCGCCGAGGACAACUCCAAGAUCCAGAUCAACGAGGAGUACGCGCGCCGCUUCGAGCACAACAAGCGGCGCGAGGCGCUGCAGCGCCGCGAGGAGCAGAAGAAGAAGGGCCUCAUCGCCGAGUCCGACGACGAGGACUCCGACGACGAGUCGUCGGACGAGGACGUCGCCGUCGCCGCCACCUCCCGCCGCGUCGACCGCCGCGUGCUUCAGGUCAUCCGCCGCAUCCGCAGCGGCGACAGCGCCAUCUUCGACAAGGACGCGAAGGUGUACUCCUCCUCCUCGUCGGAGGACGAGGCCGGCGCGGAGGGGGAGCCCAAGGCGGGGAAGGCCAAGAAGGAGCGGCCGCUGUACCUCAAGGACGUGAACGCGCAGCACCUUCUCGAGGAGGGCCCCGAGUUCGCGGCGCAGACUGGCCGCGGCAACAAGUACGACAGGAUUGCGUACGACGAGCGCCAGAGGGAGGGGCUCAAGGAGUUCCUUGAGGCGGAGAAGAAGGAGGUGGGCGAUGGUGACGGCGAGGAGGACGAUUUGUUCAUGGUGAAGAAGGCUGGUGGAGAUGGUGGCGAGAGCGAAGAGGAUGAAGAUGAGAAGCAGACGGAGGAGCUGGCAGGCGAGGUUUUCGGGAAGGAUGAGGAGCUGGAUGAGAAUGAGAAGUUCUUGAAGGAUUACAUCCUCAACAGGCCGUACCUUGAAACAGGGGCGGGCAAGAACUUCUCUCUGGAUGAUAUCCAGGAGGUGUCGGAGGAGGAGGCUGAGAUAGAAAAGUGGGAGGAUUAUGAGGAUAAUUAUAAUGCCCGAAGUUAUAAUUUCCGGCAUGAGGAGAUGGCAGCUUCAGAGGCGCCAGUGACUGAUAGGGUGAUGGGACAUCCCCGGGUGAUUGAGGGGUCUGUGAGGAAGAAGGAGAGCAGCAGGAAGAAGCAGAGGAAGAGCAAGGAGGAACGGAAUGCACUAGCCAAGCAGCAGCAGGCAGAGGAGCUGAAGCAUCUCAAGAAUCUGAAGAAGAAAGAGAUCGCGGAGAAGCUCGAGAAGAUCCGGAUGAUUGCUGGAAUCGAAGGGGAUGCUGCUUGCAAGCUUGGUGCGGAUGACUUGGAGGAGGAUUUUGAUCCGGAGGAUUAUGACAGGAAAAUGCGCGAGAUGUUCAAUGAGAACUACUAUGGUGCUGAUGAGGUUGAUCCUGGGUUUGGAGGUGGGGAUGAUUUUGAUUUGGCCAAACCUGAUUUUGACAAGGAAGACGAAUUGCUUGGGCUACCUAAAGAAUGGGCUCUUGAUGAUAAUAACGAAGGGUCUACUGCUAGUGGUGAGAAAGCUAUUAGCGAGAAGAAGAAGAAGAAGAAAAAUAAGGAGCUUGCAGACGGUGAUGAGGUUGGUGAGAAAAGGGAAGGGAAGAUAUCUCGCAAGGACAAAGUGGAGCUUGAGAAGGAGUUUGACGAGUACUAUAAGCUAGACUAUGAGGACACCAUUGGAGACCUGAAGACUCGGUUCAAGUAUAGGAAAGUUCAGCCAAACAGUUAUGGCCUAAAGACCUAUGAGAUAUUGCAAGCAGAUGACAGGGAUUUGAACCAAUAUGUUCCCAUAAAGAAGCUAGCACCAUAUAGGGAGGAUGAAUGGGAGCAAGGGUCAAAGGGUGGCGCGCCGAGCUCGGGCCUCCCGAUGUGGAAGCAGGUAUCCAUCUCCGACGCAUUGCUGACUAAUGAGAUACUCGUCAUGAGGAGGAUAGUUGAGAAUGUUGCGCCCCAUCCGAAUGUUAUCAGCCUGCAUGAUGUGUAUGAGGAUGCGAACGGCGUGCACCUUAUCCUUGAGCUGUGCUCUGGUGGUGAGCUUUUCGACAGGAUAAUAGGCCGCGAGCGGUACUCGGAGUUUGAUGCGGCUGCUAUCAUUAGCCAGAUCGCCGAUGCCCGCCAUUUCAUGCUCCAACUAAUCUAGAAAAGCAUCAAAGGAUCCUCCAAAUGCGCAGACGGAGAGAAUGCCACGCUAACAGAGUUCGAGCAGGUGCUGAAAGCAAUGAAGAUGGACUCCCUGAUCCCUCUAGCUCCCCGUGUGUUUGAUCUGUUUGACAACAACCGUGAUGGAACCGUGGACAUGAGGGAGAUCCUCUGCGGGCUCUCCAACCUGAGGAACUCGCGCGGCGAUGAUGCCCUGCGGCUCUGCUUCCAGAUGUACGACGAGGACCGGUCAGGCUGCAUCAGCAAGGAAGAGUUGGCGUCGAUGCUCCGGGCCCUGCCCGAGGAGUGCCUUCCGGGCGACAUCGCGGAGCCAGGGAAGCUGGACGAGAUGUUCGACCAGAUGGACGCCAACGGCGACGGCAAGAUCACCUUCGACGAGUUCAAGGCCGCGAUGCAGAAGGACAGCUCCCUCCAGGACGUGGUCCUCUCGUCGCUGCGGCCCAGCGGGCAUUAG